CAUUAGAUAGAAAAUAGUAAUUUAUCAAGAAAAAAUAUAUUGUAUGGAUUUAAAACAAUAUCCCACAAUUGAAAAAGUAACAUUUACAUUUCGUGACUUGCUAUCAAUAAUAUUGAAGUGUUAAAUGGAGUCGUCAGCAUUACAGGGCGCAGAGAAUGUCUGCGUGAAGACUGAGCCCCAUGAGGAUGUGUGUAUAACGUAUGAACCCACGUUCGAGGGACUGUCUGUGAAAGAUGAGCCUUUGCUGGAUGAUGUGUGUGUAAAAGACGAGCCCAGGUGCGAGGGUGUGUCGAUAAAAGCCGAGCCAUCGUGUUCAGAUGUGUGUGUAAAAGACGAGUCGCUCGGCGUGAGCGCGGCGGCGGAGCUGUACACCGACCACGCCGUGAAAGAUGAGCUCGUGCUCGGCCCCGUGCUUGUGGAAAGGCGCUGCGUGCGCCACGCACCAACAGCUUUCAUGAAGUCAUCAGUGAAGCAGUCAUAUGAGAUUGUCCCCUGGAGACCCUAUCUACGGGACUGCUGUGUGAGGCUGGAGCGCCUUGAUGUGGACACACUGCUCAUCGUCACUCGGAGCAUAGACCGGAACAGCCCGAUACAUGUUUAUGAAGCUGGGAGUCAACACAAAAACAUCACAGUUGGGAACCUUGAAGAAAACGAUAGAGGGCAAACUUCACAGAAGAAACCGACCGAAAAUUAUCAAUGUGCCCACUGUAAAUACACAACAGCUAUUAAGUUACGGUUAAUACCGCAUUUGAGGAAACAUACCAAUGAGAAAACAUACAGAUGUGAUCAUUGUAGCUAUGCUAGCAACCACAAAGGUCAUUUUACAGUGCAUGUAAGGAAACACACUGGUCAAAAGCCAUACAAGUGUGUUCACUGUAGCUAUGCUAGCGGCCACAAAGGUAAUUUGAGAGACCAUGUAAGGAUACACACUGGUGAAAGGCCAUACAAAUGUGUUCAGUGUAAUUAUGCUAGCAGCCAGAAAAGUUAUUUGGAAGUUCAUUUAAGGACACACACUGGUGAAAAGCCGUACAAGUGUGACCAGUGCAGUUAUGCUUGUGCCCAAAAAUAUUAUUUGCAAGUUCAUGUAAAGAAACACACUGGAGAAAAGCCUUACAAAUGUGACCAGUGUAAUUUUUGUAGUAUCCAAAAAAGUGGUUUACUGACUCAUAAACGGAAACACGUAGAUGAGAAGCCGUACAAAUGUGACCAGUGCAGUUAUGCUAGUAAACAUAAAAACGGUCUGCGAGUCCAUAUGAAACAACACACUGGUGAAAAGCCUUACAGAUGUGAUCAGUGUAGUUACGCUAGUUCCCAGAAAUAUUAUUUGCAAGCUCACGUAAUGAAACACACUGGUGAAAAGCCGUACAAGUGUGAUCAGUGCAGUUAUGCUAGUGUCCAAAAACGUGCUUUACAAAGUCACAAACAAAGACACGCAGUUGAAAAGCCUCACAAAUGUGGACAUUGCAAUUAUGCUGCGAAUUAUAAAAGUAGUCUGCUACUACAUUUAUAUAAACACAUUGAUGAAAAUGACUUAAAAAUUGGGCCAGAUUAGUUCCGAUAGUGCCUCAAAAUGUCAUUUGCAAAACCAAGUAUGGAAACACACUGGAAAAUAGUUCAAAAGUAAAACGCCAUGCACAUGGACAGUAGAUGUGCCGUUGGGCUAAUUUACUUAUUUAAGUUAUAGUUUUAGUUUAAUUUAAGUUAGUGUAAUAUAAUGUAGCUAUGGGCUGAUGUUCG